AUGCAACGAUUCGCAUCAGCAGUCAUGACAUCCGUCACAAAACGAGUCCCCAUUCCUCCCAAGGGAGUCGACUACAGAGGCAAGCUUGUCCUCGCGCCCAUGGUCAGAAGCGGUGAACUGCCUUCUCGUCUGCUAGCAUUGCACUAUGGAGCAGAUCUUGUCUGGGGCCCAGAAACAGUCGAUCGAUCCAUGAUAGGCACAACUCGUAAAGUAAACGAAUCCCUCUCCACGAUAGACUUCACGCGCCUUCCUUCGCACGGCAAUAAAGACCCCCGUAAAGACCAAAGAGAAAGCCUCAUAUUCCGCAUCCACCCUUCGCGCGAAGGCAAACGCCUAAUCUUCCAGAUCGGCACCGCAGAUCCCGAGAGAGCGGUUGCAGCUGCGAGAAUAGUAGCCGGAGACGUAGCAGGAAUAGACGUCAAUGCAGGAUGUCCAAAGCCAUUCAGUACCAGCGGUGGCAUGGGCGCUGCCCUUUUACAGACACCUGAUAAACUCUGCUCGAUCCUAGAGGCAUUGGUCAAGGAAAUCGUGCCGGAAUUCGAGAUCGGAAUUAGUGUUAAGAUCAGGUUGUUGGAAACGCCUGAGCGGACAGAGACGCUGGUGCGGAAGCUGUGCGCAACUGGUAUCACGGGCUUGACUGUCCACUGCCGUACGACUCCAAUGCGGCCUAGAGAGCGGGCUAUCAGGGAGCAGUUGAAGAUGAUUGCAGAUAUCUGCAGAGAGAAUGGUGUUGCGUGUCUUAUGAAUGGGGAUGUGGAGACUCGCGCGCAGGCAGAGCAACUCAUCACUGAAUUCGGUGUCGAUGGCGCUAUGAUUGCUACGGCUGCUGAGACGAACUCCAGCGUAUUCAGAAGCGAAGCUGAGGGAGGAAUUGCUGCUUGGAAAGAAGUUGUGGAGCAAUAUAUCAAAACAGCACUCGAAGUGGAGAAUCGAUGGGGAAACACGAAAUAUCUGCUCAACCAUCUUAUUCCUGGGAAGCAGGCUGUGUACAGAGAAGUCACGGCUAGCAAGAGCUAUUCACAAGUUUGCAAGAUCUUGGGACUAGAACAACUGGAGACAAUAGCCAAGGAGGUUGAUGAGAAAAUCGGCAUCACACCUGAGACAGAGGCUCAGGGCCGACGAGGAAGAAAAAAUAAGAGUGCUAUGGCGGCUGGUGGUAAUCAGGGCAAGAUUCGAGCCACUGAGGAGUCUGGGAAGAAGAAUUUGUCCGAGAGAGGAGUUGAGAAUCAACCUUCGGUGGCUUUAAGCGCAUAA